GGGAGGCGGAAGCGGAAGCGCGGGUCUCCCCGGGAGCGAUGGCUGCCGGGGGUCUAAGCCGGUCGGAGCGCAAGGCGGCGGAGCGGGUCCGGAGGCUGCGGGAGGAGCAGCAGCGGGAGCGCCUCCGCCAGGUGUCGCGCAUCCUGAGGAAGGCGGCGGCCGAACGCAGCGCCGAGGAAGGCCGGCUCCUGGCCGAGAGCGAGGACCUGGUGACCGAGCUGCAGGGCCGGAGCAGGCGGCGCGAGGGCCUGAAGCGGCGGCAGGAGGAGGUGUGCGAUGACCCAGAGGAGCUGCGGAGAAAAGUCCGGGAGCUGGCCGACGCCGUCCGCAACGCCAAGCACCUGGUCGUCUACACGGGCGCGGGGAUCAGCACGGCGGCCUCUAUCCCAGACUACCGGGGCCCUAACGGAGUGUGGACGCUGCUUCAGAAAGGAAGAAGCGUUAGUGCUGCCGACCUGAGUGAGGCCGAGCCGACUCUCACCCACAUGAGCAUCGCCCGCUUACACGAGCAGAAGCUGGUGCAGCACGUGGUCUCUCAGAACUGCGACGGGCUCCACCUGCGGAGCGGGCUGCCCCGCGCCGCCAUGUCCGAGCUCCACGGGAACAUGUACAUCGAAGUCUGCACGGCCUGCGUCCCCAACAGGGAGUACGUGAGGGUGUUCGACGUGACCGAGCGCACGGCCCUGCACCGACACCAGACGGGCCGCGCCUGCCACGCGUGCGGGGCCCAGCUCCGGGACACCAUCGUGCACUUUGGGGAGAGGGGGACGCUGGGGCAGCCUCUGAACUGGGAGGCGGCCACCCAGGCUGCCAGCAGAGCGGACACCAUCCUGUGUUUAGGUUCCAGCUUAAAGGUUCUAAAGAAGUACCCACGCCUCUGGUGCAUGGCCAAGCCCCCCAGCCGGCGGCCCAAGCUCUACAUUGUCAACUUGCAGUGGACCCCGAAGGAUGACUGGGCGGCCCUGAAGCUGCACGGGAAGUGUGACGACGUCAUGCGGCUGCUCAUGGACGAGCUGGGCCUGGAGAUCCCCCCCUACAGCAGGUGGCAGGACCCCAUCUUCUCCCUGGCGACUCCCCUGCGUGCGGGUGAAGAAGGCAGCCACAGUCGCAAGUCUCUGUGCAGGAGCCGAGAGGAGCCUGGGCCUGAGGACAGGGGCGCGCCCCGUAGCUCGGCCCCCGCCCUGGGUGGCUGGUUUGGCAGGGGCUGCACCAAGCGAACCAAAAGGAAGAAAGUGACGUGAGCUGGUGCUUGACCGAGAACAAUGACGGCACUUUGCAGACAGCCGGGACUCUCGUGCAGGGGCAGGUGGCACCAUGGAGGCCAGGACUGCCCCCGAGAAUGCUCUGGGGAUGACAUUCUCACCCUGACGUGUUUAGCCCUUUGUCCCGGGGGGAGCCUCCUUGCACUGCUGCGGCUGCCGCCCGCGCGGGCCAAUAGUGGAAGACCCUCGGCCCGCGCAGCCUCUUCCCGAAGAGGGGGCAGCCACGUCUUCUGUGAGAACAGAACUCGGGUUAUUGCACGCCUGGCCGGCCAAGAGGAAGCACACGCUGCCUUACCUCAUUCAUCAGGCUAGUCUCAGGGGCCUCGACCCUAUUUCUACUACUUCUUACCGAGAAUGUUAAAUUCAUGGAAGCCUUUUUCUGUAUUGGGUAUGCUGCAAAGGGAUGGUUUUGAGCCUUGGCGCUCAGCAGACCUUUUUAUUAUUAAACAUCUCUGCACUGUC